UUCACACAUAGUGAUAUUUAAAUGUUUUUUGAUGGUCAGACACUGAGUGCUUAUCAGGUUGUUCAAUGAUGAUUUUAAAUCAAAUCAAACUUUACUGAAGUCCUUUGAGUAUCCAGACAGUAAUACUAAACAAAUGGUCAUUUUGACAGCAUCAUGUCAUUUGAUGAUGAAUACAGUUAUAUAUUUUUGUAAAAUGGGAGGAGUCUGAUGAUGCUGCUGGUCCUGAUGCUGCAGGUGUAUAUAAGCGUCAGUGAGCAUCAGUUGAGUUCAGUGUGUCGAGAUGUCCGACUCUUCGCUUCCCGUGUGUGUCCUCUGCAUACUCGCGCUCUCAACACUCUCGUCCGCAUGUUACAUUCAGAACUGCCCGCGCGGAGGGAAGAGAUCUCAGCCGGACCCCAUCAGACAGUGUAUGAGGUGUGGUCCGGGGAAUAAAGGCCGUUGUUUUGGUCCCAGUGUCUGCUGUGGAGCCGGUCUGGGGUGUCUGGUGGGUUCUCCUGAGACUCUGAGCUGUAUGGAGGAGAAUAAUGUGUCCAGUCCCUGUGAGACGGGUGGGAGAUUGUGUGGAGCUGAAGGUGGCCGCUGCGCCGCUCCGGGGGUCUGCUGCCAUUCUCAGAGCUGUGUUCUGGAUUCAGAAUGUGUGGAUGACGUGAGAUUCGUAUCUCAAGACAACGCUUCACAGAAGAAGACUUCAGGAGAUCUGCUGCUGGAUCUGUUGAAGCUCAUGUCACGGGGUUAACACGUGAUCUCCAGCUGUGGAUCUUCAUGUACACACACAGAGAACACGGAACCUUCACAGAACUCUUGCAGUAAUGUUAAAAGAGCAUUUUAUCACACAUUAUACAUGUCUUAUCAAAUGUUACUCUUACAUUGUUAGUGG